AUGGCAGAAUGCGGACGCACCCAUGGCGGCCGCGCGCUCUCCUGGACCGGCGCAGCCACCCCCCGCUCUCAUCUGCGCCUCCGCCAGCUCGCCCUCAUCCCCCUCGUGCUCCUCGCCCUCCACAGCGCGCACUGCCUGCCGCAUUCCCCACCUGCCGCGCCACUCGCUCGCCUGGCGGAAGAGACGGAGCACCACGCGCAUAUGCAGGGCCCGCAAUGGAUGGACUCCGCGCUGUUGGGGUGGCUAAGGGAACUCACGAAUAGUAGCUGGCCGCGCGCACCGGAGAAGGGUGAAGGUGCGGGUCUAUUGGAUCUCGCGGGCAGGCGGAAGGCUGGCGGCGUGCGGCGGUGGCUGAAGCGGCAGGCGGUGAAGCCGAACCUGGUGCUGGCGCAGGACGGCACGGGCGACGUCACCACGCUGCGAAGAGCGGCGGAGAUAAUCAACAACGUGCCGCCGUCGCAGGGGUGGUUCGUGGUGCACAUCCGCGCGGGCGUGUACGGCGACAAAGUCGACAUCGCGCGCCCCAUGGUCGCGCUCGUAGGCGACGGACCCACUCGCACUGUCAUUACUGGCUCGCGUAGUAACGCGGACGGGUUAACGACAUGGGACACGGCCACGUUCU